GUUUGUUUAUUGUUGGUUUUUUGAUGCCAGAGCUCCAUAACCCAUGUUACCAUGUCAACAAAUGAUCAGGAACCAACCUGCUAAACAUUUUACAUUUACUCCGUCUCUGUCCCCCUGAGACUGAGACCUCUGUAAAGAGGUGUUCCUCCUCUCGGAGAACUUCCUCAAGUUCACUGCUCAUUACUGCACCUGUCAGGUAUCCAUCUCUCUUUUGUCUCAGUCUUCUGUUCACCUGGAUUACAGCAGAGACAAAAAAAAAUCCUCUUUUAUCACCCCCUCAAUAAAUUACGGCUUUCAACACCUGAAGCAAGUAUUCGAAACUGCAACCUGAGGCGGGCACUCACGUUAAACUAUCAAUUUGCGUGGGUUUGGAGGCUUCCAAAGAGGAAACCACAUUUAAAGCGCUGCAGGGUAAAUCACAUGCCCCCUCCACCAAAACCAGCACCAGCACCACCAUUCUGAAGACGCUGCCUGGGCAUGCAGAGAAUCGGGGCCCAUAAAGGAAAUGAUGCAGAUUGAAAUCCUCUUCUCAUUGAUUGGCUGUAAACGUGUCUUCAGUGGUUGGAUUUUCAGUAUUUAAAGCUUUGCAGCAGCACAGUAGUCGAACAAGUAGCAGAACGAGUUUUGCUGAGAAGAUCAGACAACACAGAGACAGACAAGCAUGCAGAAGGGUGAGUUUCUUCUCCACUUAAAUCUGUACUUACACAGAUUUUUGCACUUUUACUUACAGUUACUGCAGUUGUAGAAAGUCCUUAAUCAAAGUAUGUGUAAUGUUAUCACAUCACUGCAGAUUCAAGUCAAAAUAGCAAAAGAAAAUUUAAUAGAUUUCUAGAUAAGAAUCUUGGCUAAAGAAAUUUGAAUUUUGCGUCAAAUAUCAGCCAAAAUCUAACCUCUCUAAUCUAACUUCAUAUUUUCUGUUAUUUUCCAGUCAUCCUCUCAGUAGCAGCUGUUGUGCUUUUCCUGACCUCAUCUGAACAAUCUGCGAUGCUGACCGUGGUCCCUCAGACCACAGAAGCUCCAGCUCUGUCAAACUUAUCUCUGACUACACAACUAAGCAACAGUGAGUGUCGUCAAUAGAGUCUGAGCUAGUUUCUUGUUCUCAACAGGGGUUGUGCAUAAAGAAGAGUCUAUAACAGUCAUCAGGGUCUUAUUGCUGCAUUGUAGUAAAAAACAUAUGAGCAACUUUGGAUGAAAGUUCUGCCAUCACUCACUUUUGAACAUGAUCAAUCACUUUUCCCUUAAUUUUUUCAGUCUGUGACACAAGCAGGCCACCGUACUUUCUUUAACAUGAGGCCACUCUGUCCUUUCGUGCAGGCACCAUGGAGGGACCUCGGGUUCUGCGCUUACAUAGAUCAUGUGGAGAUGAACACGCGAACUUCUGUGAGAACGGUGGAGAGUGCAUGUUCCCCCAAGACAGCGACAAACCUUUCUGCAUGUAAGAACUCUCAGUAAUUACACACACACACACAGACACAGGCAGUAUGCUUCAACUCAGUCUGAAUGUAUUUUAGCCCUGAUUAGUAAAAUGUCCCUCAUAUCUUCAUGCACAUGUUAGUUCGUGUUCCCUCUGGAAUGCACUCACAUUUCCCUCUGUUUACUCUGCAGCUGCCCGUCCACACACAGCGGGACCCGCUGCCUCUUCUUCUCAGAUAACAGUCGCAGUCUGCCCGAGCUGGAACAACUGAUUGGCAUCAGUUUUGGGGUUCUUAUGCUCCUCAUUGUCCUGGGUAUCAUCUUCUACUUUUGCGCCUAUAAGAGGUAAGGAUUUACAGGAUUUCCUCUCGUAAUACUCUGCUUGAAUGAAUAUUGAUGUUUGGAAACCAUUAUAAGUCUGAUCUCACAUAUUUAAGAUAUUUAAUCCAGAAACAAAAACUUUAUCUAGUAUAUUUGUGUCUGUGUCCUACAGAGCUAUUGUUUGAGUCAGUCAAAUAACUCAAAUUUGGUCUUUAAUGGUCACAGAUGUUAAGAGAAUUAAUUCUAACUCCGAUGAUUUUGUUUUCCAGGUGUAUAAAAUCAGCACCCCUCAUUAAAUCUGCACCCUCCGAGACGUCAGUGUGACCCUACGACUCCUCUUUAUCCGUGUCUGCUUCAUUGCUUGCAGUAUCAUCACUCUCUUCAGGAAACAAGAGUCAAAACAUUUCAUCCUGCUGUUUAACGUAAACAAGCCGCCACAUUUACCAGAGUCUGAGGAAAGAUUGCCAUGUGUCUACGCUGAAAGAGCCUUUUAUGUCAAAUGCAAAUCCAUUCAUCAUCCUUUCAGAACAAAUUGAGCUAUUUAUUGUGGUAUUGUAUUUUAACUUAUUCUGUG